AUGAAAAUUCAAAUCACGACCAAAAGUGCAACAAUUGAGAAAUAUAAAUUCGACUCAAAUCCAAAAAUAAUAGUAUUACCAAGUGGUGAAGCGUGUGAAUUUGAAAUUCUGUUGACAUUAAAAUGCACAACUAAAAUUGAUGAAAAUAUCAUAUUGGUUUCAAAUUUAUUUACAAAAAGAAAAGAUGUUUUAAAAGAAAUAAAAAUAGCAGCAACUUCAAAAUUGACAACGCGACUUGAUCCAGACGAGUUACAAGAAGACACUAAACUUGGUGAAGGCUCGUUCGGUGUUGUGUUUAAAGGAACUUUUAGAGACAAUAUUGUUGUAAUUAAGAAGAUGAAAAUUGGUGGAAAUGAAGACACAUUAAACAAUGCGUUUGAGAAGGAAGUUGAGAUGUUAGACAAAUUUAGAAAUGAAUAUAUUGUCCACUUUUAUGGAGCAGUUUUUAUACCUAAUAAGGUGUGUUUAGUCACCGAAUUUUCACAAUUUGGGAGUUUACAAGACUUGAUGAAACAUAAAAUAAAAAAUGAAAUUAACAUAAAACUUCGUGUUAAAAUUGUGUUGGAUGACGCAAAUGGUAUUUCAUAUUUACAUGAAAACGGGAUUUUACACAGAGAUAUUAAACCAGACAAUUUACUUGUGUUUUCUUUAUAUUUAAACGAUAAAGUCAACGCAAAACUGACCGAAUUUGGAAGUGCAAGAAAUGUUAAUAUGAUGAUGACCAACAUGACAUUCACUAAUGGUAUUGGGACUCCAAUAUAUAUAUAUAUAUAUAUAUAUAUAUAUAUGGCACCCGAAGUGUUAAAUAAACAACAUUACAAGAAAGCUGCAGAUGUCUAUUCAUUCGCUAUAACAAUGUUCGAAUGCUUCUUAUGGGAAAAUGCAUAUCCCAAAAAUAUAUACAUGCACCCGUGGACUAUAGCAGAUGACGUAGCUUCUGGAAAGAGACCAUGUACUAUAAAAACACUCGACAUAAAAUAUCAAAAUGUUAUUGAAAAGUGUUGGAAACAAGAACCCCAAGAACGGUGUAUUAUUAAUGACACUAUCAAAUCACUCAAAACAUUAGUUUGA